CUAGCCAGUGCUCUGUUGGUAGAGUCUCACUACUGGCAGCUGCGAGCUGCCUCAGAUACGACCGCUUUUCCCACGAGCACUGACGGUUCGUCCUAACUGAUCCCACCCUAUCCGUAUCCCUCUCUCGUUUCGUGAAUUUACCUCACACGGCGACUCGACGCUCUCCGAGUCUCUAAUCUGGUCCGGUUCGUAUUCGUCCGGAGAAAUUAGCCGAUCCAUGGCGACACUCACAGCGCAUGGAUCGCUAGCGCUGCGAUCGUCGUCAGCCCUGUGCGAAGCGAGCUCGCAUCCCUCAUCGAGGCCCUUCGCCGCUUCCGCCGCUCGCCCCGUCGCGUCUCUCUCGCUGCGAUCGCCGUUCCUUCACUCCAGAUGGCCAGCUGCUGCUGCUGCUGCCGCUGCUGCUGGUGCCUCGCGGGUAGGGGAGCAUGCAUCAGCAUCGCGACGCGCUGCCUCGCGAGUGAGAGCAGCGGCGGAUGCGGAGAACCCUCAAUCAGCCGAUCACAAACGGCCGAAUGAAACCGAGCAGUCUGUCCGCGUUACGCUAAGUUCACCCCAGCGCGUACCGCUGCGGGCCGUCGAGCGCGUGGCGCGAGAAGCCGUGGCGGCCGUGCAGCUCUUCUGCGCCGACGCCAAACGAGUGAAGCUCGCCCUGGCGUGUGCAGCAGCAGCGGCAGCCACAGCCCUCUUCUACAUCCGCCCGCCUCCCUCCCUCGCCUUCACUGCCGCUCCCGCCACCAAUUUCGCCGGCGCCCACGCCGCCACCGCCACCUCCUCAGCAGCGUUAGCAGCGGGCCACUGGUCCGAGGUCGUGCGCGCCGCGUGGACGGGGCUCGUGGCCGGGUGCCUGCACACGCUCACCGGCCCAGACCACCUGGCGGCUCUCGCGCCGCUCACCAUCGGGCGCAGUCGCGUGCAGUCGGCGGUGAUCGGCGCGCUGUGGGGGUGCGGGCACGACGCGGGGCAGGUGAUGUUCGGUGUCCUCUUCCUCCUCCUCAAGGACAAGCUCCACUUGGACUUGCUGCGCGUGUGGGGGUCCCGGAUCGUCGGGGCGACGCUGCUCGCCAUCGGCGCGCUGGGGAUCUAUGAGGCGCAGCAUGCCACCGAGGAGGAGCUCGCGGCUGUGGCGCGGGGGGAGGGCGAGGGGGAGGCGGCGCUGGUGGCGUCUGGCGGCAGCGCACUAGCAGCAGCCGGAGCAGCAGCAGCGGGGGGGAGCAGCUCGGUGGUGGGGCCGAAAGCCCACUUCGGCAUAGCGACGUUCGUGACGGGAGUGGUCCACGGGUUGCAGCCUGACGCGCUGCUGGUGGUCCUCCCGGCGCUGGCGAUGCCGUCGAGAGCGGCGGGGGCGGCGUUCCUGGUGCUGUUCCUGCUGGGAACGGUGCUGGCCAUGGGCAGCUACACGGCGUUCAUCGGGUCGUGCAGCAGCGCGCUCAAGGAGAGGGUUCCUGGGUUCACAAAGGGGCUCUCGUGGGUCGCCGCGCUCAUGGCUAUUGCGCUCGGCCUGGCGAUUCUGCUGGGAGAGGUGCUGGGCUUCCAGCUGUUCUGAGGUGUUGGGAGGGAGACUGUGUCGGCUGUUUAGAGGCGCUCGGAAAGAAGAUGCAUGCUCAUGGGGACAUGCUUUGAGAAGGGCGGGUGGCUGGAGAGUGGGGAAUGGAGAAAGGUGGGUGGUGCUGGGGCCAAUGCGGGAUCCUGGCUUUGGGGCGCAGUUGGAAUGUGGGAGCCAUGUGUAGGACCUUGGAAUGCAGAACGGAGCAGUGGAAAAGGGGGGGGGGAGGAGAUGUUGAAGACUGGAGUUUUUUCCGCCAGCAUGCGCGGACAUGAAGGGGGUGGGAGUGCGAGGAAGACAUUGGGUAGCACGAUCAGAUAUGGCAGGAGAGGCAGGGGGAACGGAGCAAGGGAGAGACGAGAAAGAAAAGAGCUGUUCAGCAGCAGGGGGCAGAGGAGCCUUCGGUGGUCGGCUCCUUGCUCCUGAGGGGAUUGAAGGAAGGGCUGUAGGUGAAGAGCUGGAGGGGGCGCAGGGCAGCAGGGCAGCAGGGCAGCAGGGUAGUAGGGCAGUAGGGCAGUAAGGGGGGGGGGAAGGAUGAGGACUGAUGGAUAUGCAAGCAGCCAGUCUUGUAAUGGCGACUGGUCUUAGUAUCUGCCUGCACUAGUUGGGUCAGAGGAGGAAAGACUAGUGCAGGCCAAUCGGAUGCUCCAUCUGCCCAGGUUCCCACUAGCUGCCAAUCGGAUUACUGGACUCUAAGCUUGAUUCUGUUCAGCUGAGGCGCUACAGAGAUUAGGUUUGUGUGUGCUCCUCACCGGUUCCUAUCCCAGCGUGACCCCUACACUUCCGCACCAUAUUCUCUCCGUCCAUUCCUAAGCUCCCCUGGCUCCACUUGGUCUCCCCCGCAUGCCUCUGGCCCGAACCUGUUGCAUCACACCGGCCCAAGCCCGGUUAUGUCGUUCAUAAAUGGACAUGUAGGAUCUCGCCUCCACUCCCAUGCUUGUUUUCUUUAGUACUUCAGACAAGU